AUGGCGCUACAACCUAAUCAACAACUCUCUUUGGAUUUUGUGCAGGAACAAGGAUUUCUUUCCUUUUUCCGAUCAAUGUCAGAGAAACCUGACACAACAUUCAGAGUAUUUGAUAGAACAGAAUAUUACACUUGCCAUGGAUCGGAUGCUGUAUUUGCUGCAAAAGAAGUCUUUAAAACAACUGGCGUUAUCAAAUAUCUCGGAACAGGAACAAAAAAGGUGGAAUCUGUGGUUCUCAGUAAAAUGAACUUUGAAUCGCUAGUCAAGGAUUUGUUGCUUGUGCGACAGUACAGAGUAGAAGUGUAUAAAAACAAGGGCGGAGGAAAGAAUAAUGACUGGACCUUGGAAUUUAAGGCGUCGCCAGGUAACCUGACUCAGUUUGAAGAGAUUCUGUUUGGUGCUAAUGAUAUGUCAACAUCGGCUUGUGUGCUGGCUGUUAAAAUGGCAAUGGAUGGUGGACACAAAAUUAUUGGUGCAGCCUUUGCCGAUGCCACACUGAGGAAAAUGGGUGUCUGUGAGUUCCCUGAUAAUGAUCAGUUCUCAAAUUUAGAGGCUUUGGUAGUACAGAUUGGACCGAAAGAGUGUAUACUGCCCUCUGGUGACAGCGGACCUGAAAUGAACAAACUGAAACAGAUCCUCGAAAGAAGUGGUUUAUUGAUAACAGAUCGGAAAAAGUCUGAUUACAAUACUAAGGACAAUGUGCAAGAUUUGAAUAGAUUACUAAAGUUCAAAAAAGAAGACCAGGCUAAUAGCAGUGCACUUGCUGAGAUGGAGAAAACCCAUGCAAUGUCAUCGCUGUCUGCUCUGAUCAAAUAUUUAGAGCUCCUGAGUGACGAGAGUAAUUUUGGACAAUUUCAACUCACAACCUUUGACCUGAGUCAGUACAUGAGGCUGGACGCUGCUGCAGUACGUGCUCUUAACUUGCUACCUAGUACACUUGACGGUGGUAACAAAAGUAUGUGUUUGUUAGGGCUGUUGAAUAAAUGCCGCACUCCACAGGGUCAGAGGUUACUGGCACAGUGGGUGAAACAACCCCUCAUGGAUAAAAAUAAAAUAGAAGAAAGACUAAACAUAGUGGAAGCCAUAUUUGAAGACAAUGAACUGCGACAGACUUUGUUAGAUGACCAGUUGAAGAGAGUUCCUGACUUUCAAAGACUUGCUAAAAAGUUUCAGAGAAAGAAAGCCACGUUACAAGACUGUUAUCGGGUUUAUCAAGCUGUCGAGUACAUGCCGCAUUUACUGGAGACGUUAGAGAGGCAUGGAGGCAAACACCAGAUGCUCUUGAUGGAGGUGUUUAGUAACCCUCUAAAGGAAGUGUUAAUGGAUUUUUCAAAAUAUCAAGAAAUGGUGGAGACUACUUUAGAUAUGAAACAGGUAGAACAACAUGAAUUUGUCAUCAAACCAGAUUUUGAUCCGGAUUUACAAACUUUAAGAGAAAAGAUCAAUGAUUUAGAGGAUGAAAUCAAGUCACAGUUGAAAAAAGCAUCCACAGAUCUGAAUGUUGAGGCAAAUAAAGUUCUAAAACUGGAGUCAAACUCUCAGCUCGGCUAUUUCUUCAGAGUAACUAGAAAGGAGGAGAAAGUGAUCAGAAACAACAGAAAGUACAUCACCAUAGAUACCAACAAAAAUGGCGUCCGAUUUACCAACUCUGCUUUGAAGUCAUUCAAUGAAGAAUACAUGCUGGCGAAAGAAUCCUACAAUGAGACCCAAAAAGCAGUUGUCAUGGAGAUUAUCAGCAUAGCAGCUGGAUAUGUUGAUCCAAUGCAACUCAUUAAUGAAAUCUUAGCACAGUUGGAUGUGCUUGUAAGUUUUGCCUGCGUAUCUGCGAAUGCACCUAUUCCAUAUAUACGUCCAACACUGCAAGCAAAGGGAAGUGGCCAGUUGAAACUCAUCCAGUCAAGACAUCCAUGUCUGGAGGUGCAGGACGAAGUGGCAUUUAUUCCAAACGAUGUAACAUUUGACAAGGAGAAGGAGAUGUUUCACAUCAUCACAGGCCCAAAUAUGGGUGGGAAAUCUACAUAUAUUAGACAGAUUGGAGUGGUUACUUUAAUGGCUCAGAUUGGUUGUUUUGUACCAUGUGACCAAGCAGAGUUGACAAUAGUUGACUGUAUAUUGGCGAGAGUAGGAGCCGGUGACAGUCAACUGAAAGGGGUCUCCACAUUCAUGUCUGAAAUGUUGGAAACUGCUUCAAUUUUAAGGUCUGCUUCUGAGUGUUCCUUAGUAAUAAUUGAUGAACUUGGUAGAGGUACAUCUACAUACGAUGGGUUUGGACUAGCAUGGGCAAUAUCAGAGUACAUAGCUACUAAAAUUAAGUGUUUCUGUUUAUUUGCUACUCAUUUUCAUGAGCUGACAUCAUUGGCUGAUGCGGUGCCAACUGUGAAUAAUUUACAUGUAUCAGCGCUGACUACAGGAGACACACUAACGUUGCUCUACAAAGUCAAACCAGGUGUCUGUGACCAGAGUUUUGGGAUUCAUGUUGCUGAGAUGGUGCACUUUCCACAGAAGGUGAUUGACUUUGCCAAACAGAAAGCUGCAGAGCUGGAAGAUUACCAGAGUAUCUCUGUUUCAGACUCUGCCAUGGAGGGACAUGAUGAACCCGCAGCUAAGAAGAGAAGAGUGGCCAAAGAGGAAGGAGAAAAACUGAUUCGGGGAUUUUUAUCAAAAUUCAAAGAAAUUCCGCUGUCCUCCAUGACAGACGAAGAAGCUAUGGCCGAGAUAGAAAAACUGAAGAGUGAAAUUAAAGGCAAGAAUAACCCUUAUGUGGAAGAUAUACUGGCAAGGGGAUGCUGAUUGGUCCAUGAAGGUCAUGUCACAGUCUCAAGUUGAAACAAUUCAGUUGAUUGGUUAGGUGUUAACCAUGUGACAUUAAGAAAUGCAUCUGAUUGGCUGACUUGUGAUAAAGUUUAAUUUAGAAUAACAACAAUCCACAGAGUUGGCAUUUCAGAUUAGCAUUGCUGAAAAUAUUAAGAUGAGCUCAUUUAUUGGAAGAAUUGCUACAUUUUUAAGUUGCAGAUUGGACCACGCUCUGUAUUACUAGAGUAUGCAGCACUUUGCUGUAGAAUAGAGUAAUGUCAAGGGUCAAACACCGUAAUAUUCUGUAUGGCUGAGUAAGUAUACUUCACAUAGUAAGAGUCAGGAAGAUAUUUCA